UCGGGCAUUUCGCAGCAGCCCGCGCCCCAGUCCAGGCCCGGCAGUGGGGCGCAUACCGACUCCGCUGCUACUGCUGCAGCGCCAGUUCCUGCUGCUCAACCUGCUCGACCUGAUAGCGGAAGGAGUGACGGCCUGGGCGGCAUGUUAACAUUGCCCAUGUCCAUGCCGCAAGCAUGCACCACACCCCUUGCGCCGGGAGGCAGUCAGCUGGCGGCUAUUCCCGAGGCGCUUGCGAUGCUUGACGUCGAUGGGAUUGCCGCAGUGGAGGUUCGGCCAGCCGGCGGGGUGAAGGGCAAGAAAGUCGACACAGAGCGAGCACGGCGCACCGUCAGCGGUGUUGCCGUGGCAAUUGACACUCUUGUCAGUAAGCUUCCCUCGCGGGAUGUCGUGCAGUCUUCCCCGGAUGGGGAAGAUAUUGGUGGGAAAGGCCCAAGGGGAGGCCAAAAGGUUGCGGACGACGACGAUGACAAGAGCGACUUACCGAGUGAGAACGACGCGUCAAGCGUUGGGGAUGGAAGUCAGGCUGCCAGCGCGUAUUCAGGCACGUCUGACCAGACGUCUGUCACGGAUGUGGUUGUGGAUGCCCGGCGCGGACGUCUGCUGCGGGCUCUGAACAAGCUGCUGCUUGGGCCCUCGCUGAUGACGCACCUCAACCGCCUCCGCCUGGCCAGCUACUUGAUUAUUGCCAUCAUGUUCCUGGCGCACGUCAUCUCGUACGUCGCCAUCACGGACCUUAUCAAGAAGCAGCACGAUAACGUAUAUGUCGUGUUUCGGCAGGCCAUGGCGAUGGAUAGGUGCCAGCUUGUACUCGUGCGGACCUUGCUGGGAGCGUUUUGUGAGCGAGACAACGUGUCCGCCGUUUCAAUCUGCUCCCGCAACCUCAACUACACGAUGUCCCGUUUGCAACUUAACAUUGGGCUGAUGGAGGAAUAUCACCAGGGUGUCUACUUGGGCUUGGAUACCUCCAGCGUAACACCGCCUGCCGCGGAGGUGUACAAGAUCUGGACAACACCCACGGUCGACUACCAGGUGUUUCUGGACACCCAGCCGCCGGAGGUCGUCACGCAGCGGGCCGGCGCCUGGCAUCUGGGCAACCGCUUCCUCGCCGCAGCCAGGGAGUCGCUGUACCUGCUCCCGUUGCAUCGGGAGAAUUACAAGUUCCACCGUACGUUCUCCUUCCUGCUCAAUAACGGUCUUGGGCCACUCUUCGCGGUGUACGCUGACAGCUUGGACCACCUCAUAAAUGCGGCCUGGGAGAGCGUCAGAGUCCUGCGCACGGACCUUAUCAUCCUUUUGGUCGUCGAGGCAUUGCUAGUACAAUUCUGUUGUACAGUGUACGAGCUUGUGUUGGUACAAAAAACCGAGAAUGCUCGUCUACUGGGUAUCCUUGCGAUUGUGGGCCUGCCGGGACCCGUGUUGCGGCAACUAGCGACCUCCGAGACCAAGAUAAGCUAUGACAGCGACGACGAAGGGGACGAUGAUGGCAGCGUGGCUGGGUCAGAUGACGAUCCUCGUACAGCCCUAGCUGCUGGCACUGGAGGUGUUGGAAACGGGGCAGGCGGUAUGGAUACCCGCAGAGUACAGCCGUUAGCAGCGGAUCUGCCCCAGCAGGAUUCCAACAAUAGCAAGGAUGCCGGCGCGCGGAAGGCGUCGACGCCACCCGACAACAUGAACCCCGCUGUUGAGGGAGGCGUCAACAAGGCCGGCACGGGGCUGUCUGCGGUGUCCGGGGACGAGGACGAGCCUGGCAGCGGCAGUGGUAACGCAAGAAAGGCUGGUCUGGCGUGCCGCACCUUCAAGGUACUGCAGAUGCAAGGCUCGAAGAAGGCAGCGACCCGUGGGUCGGCCAACGGCCGCAAGGCGGCAGAUGGCGGCAGUGGCAACCAGCGGCUUCGCAUUAACGGCAAAGUGUUGCUGCCAUCGCGAUGGAACAUAUCCAAGUUUACGGUUCCCUUCCUGCUGUGGAACCUGGCGGUGGUGCUGGUGUACGUAAUCACGCUGGCCAAGCUGGAAGGCAUGCAGGCGCCGCUGGCUUCCCUCAACAUGGCCUCACGCGUUACCUACCGCUACACCCGCGUGCGAGCCAUCACAAUUGCCAUGGUGACCCAGGAUGAUGCACCCUCGCGUGAUGUGUGGCGGCAACUGCUAUCAACGGAGCUCAGCAUCUUUGAGAGCGAAUACAAUGCGCUGAUGUACGGUGGCGAGCCGACAUCCAUGGUGAACGGAUCGUUCCGCCACGAGGUGCCAGCGGGAACCUUUGCCUCCUCAUCGUUUGCGCAAACCUUCUUCCGGGCCAAGGGCUGUCUCCGACUUGACCCCAGAGGCUGCCUGCAGCCAGGGGACCCAUACUACGAGGUGACACACAACGGCCUUGACACCAUGGUUCGCCGCAUGCUAACCGAGUUGCGGCUGCUAACGGAGGAUGACGAUGCCGACGCAACCUACGACAGCACACGGUGUGCCUUCAUGGGUGUUGUUGGCGCCAGCGACCUGUACGACGGGCUGCAGCAAGGGGCUCAGCUCUUUGUCGACUACUCCAUUAACCAGUACAACGCUGUCACCAAGAUGCACACGAUCCUGCUGGUGGUUUCCAUCGGCCUGGUGUUAGGCUUCUUCCUCUUCGUGUUGUGGCCACACAACGCCCGGCUGCAGCGCGACGCGGCCCGGCAGGGCGCGCUGCUCAGCCUGGUACCCGCGGAGAUGGACGUGCGGGCGCAUGUGAGGGGGGUGCUAAAGCGCAUCGGGG